UUCAUCUUCUGUUCAACUUGACUAGAAUGGCUCCAAGAUGCUAUUGGUCUCUGAAAAGGAAAAGAAAAUGAGGUGAGAACUGAACUGAGGGUCAUUUCCCCUUAAAUUAAUGCGUUGUGAAAAAAAAAAUGGUGGGAGUGGGAAGUGAUGAGCAUGCUUAUUUUGCCACAGCCACGGCAACCGUAGUGUGAUGCUCGUAAAAUCCAACAGUUUCAAAAUAGAUGGAAGAAGUUUGUCUGAAUAGUGAGCCAUUUUUUGAUGUAAGCGAUGAUGUUGAUGUUGAAGGCUCUUCUGUAGCAGAACACGGGCUUGAAUCUUUAAAUUCACAACCGAAAAACCCUCCAGUUCCAACAGUGGGUCUGGAGUUUGAUUCCUUUGAGGAAGUUUACAACUUCUACAAUAUCCAUGCAAAGGAACAAGGCUUUGGAAUCAGAGUUAGCAAUUCAUGGUUUAGAUCAAAGAAAAAAGAGCGCUAUAGGGCAAAACUUAGCUGCAGUAGUGCUGGUUUUAAGAAAAAAAGUGAAGCCAAUAAUCCAAGACCAGAAACAAGAACUGGUUGUCCUGCAAUGAUAGUGAUUAGAAUGGUUGAGUCCAGGAGAUGGAGAAUAGUGGAAGUUGAGCUUCAACACAACCAUCAAGUGAGUCCACAGAGCAAACAAUUUUACAAGUCACACAAGAAAAUGGUCCUUGAAGCCAGCAAAUCACAACCACCUCCGGAGCCAGUCACAGAAGUACACACCAUCAAGUUGUAUCGAACAACUGUCAUGGAUGUUGAUUACAAUGGUUACUCAAAUUCUGAAGAAAGCCAUGACACCAAUUUUGAUAAAUUUAAAUAUUUGGAACUUGGAGAAGGGGAUGCCAGUGCUAUAUAUAAUUAUUUUUGUCGAAUGAAGUUGACUGAUCCAAAUUUCUUUUACUUGUUUGAUAUUGAUGAUGAUGGGCACCUAAAAAAUGUUUUCUGGGCUGAUUCCAGGUCAAGGAUUGCUUAUAAUUACUUUAAUGACACAGUUACAAUAGACACAACUUGUUUGGCAAACAAAUAUGAGAUCCCUUUGAUAUCAUUUGUUGGUGUAAACCAUCAUGGACAUUCUGUAUUAUUGGGCUGUGGCUUCCUUGGACACGAAUCAGUGGAUUAUUUUGUAUGGUUAUUCAAGGCAUGGCUUAAGUGUAUGCUUGGUCGUCCUCCACAUGUUGUUAUUACUGACCAGUGCAAGCCAUUGCAAAUCGCAGUUGCUCAGGUUUUCCCUCAUGCUCGUCAUUGUUAUUCUUUGCAGUAUAUCAUACAAAGAGUUCCAGAGAAGUUGGGAGGGCUGCAAGGAUACGAAGCAAUCAGAAGACAGAUGUAUAAUGCUAUAUACGAGUCAUUAAAGAUAAUUGAGUUUGAAUCUUCUUGGGCUGAUAUGAUUAAAUGUCAUGGACUGGGAGAUAACAAGUGGCUUCAGACAUUGUAUAAGGAUAGGCAUCUAUGGGUCCCUGUUUACCUAAAAGAUGUUUUUUUGAUAGGACUGGUCUCAACUAAAGAAAAUGAGGGUCUGACUGCAUUUUUUGAGGGUUAUGUGCAUAAACACACAUCCUUUAAGGAGUUCCUUGAUAAGUAUGACUUAGCUCUGCACAGGAAGCACAUGAAAGAAGCCAUGGCAGAUUUGGAGACUAGAAAAGCACGCUUUGAAUACAAAACGAGAUGUAAUUUUGAGGCACAACUCUCAAAGGUGUACACAGAAGAAAUCUUUAAAAAGUUUCAAGCAGAGGUUGAGGGCAUGUAUUCUUGCUUCAACACAAGACAGGUUAAUGCUAACGGAUCUAUAAUAACAUAUAUUGUGAAAGAAAGAGUUGAAGUUGAGGGGAAUGAGAAGGGAGUUAAAAGUUUUGAAGUUUUAUAUGAGACUACAAAAUUGGAUAUUCGAUGCAUUUGCAGUUUGCUCAAUUACAAAGGAUAUCUGUGCAGACAUGCAUUGAAUGUUCUCAAUUAUAAUGGUGUUGAGGAAAUCCCAUCUCGGUACAUCCUACGCCGCUGGACGAGGGAUUUCAAGCAAUCGUUUAAUCAAUUCCAUGCUCCUAGUAAUACUGAUUCCUACAACCCUGUGCACUUGUAUACCCAUCUGUUUAACAGUGCUCUUCCAGUGUUAGAAGUAGGGGCACAGUCACAGGAGCAUUAUAUGGUUGCUCUAAAAGAAUUGGAGGAGUUGCUAGAUAAGUUUGAUAUAGAGGACAGUAACUCAAUGUAACUAAUCAAUACAAGAUCCUCAUUCCCCACUUAUAACGAUUUUACUACUAA